UUGCGCCACACUCUCAUUCCCUCUGCUCUGCAUUCUUCUCCAGAAAUUGCUCCAUCACAUUCUCUCUGCUUCAGAUUUGUUUUGUUCCCUUUCCCUUGUCGAAUUCUCAGCAGCACACAAUUAUCUUGAACUCCAAAAAACACAGCACAAUUUUCGUGAACCCAAUUGCAUCAACCACAUAUGUCACUCCAGCUGUGAAACAGGACAACUCCCACUGCCAACAUCGUAAGCCCGCCCACCACAAAUUGUUGCCCAGUUCUUGUCACACAAUCUAACGCUUCGCUUCACUUGUGCCUAUUUAUGUUCAUGGCUUUGCUGCUCUCUGCUCUAUCGAAACCUCACUGAGUUCGAUUGUUUGAGUUUUGUUUCCGGUGUGAUGGAUUUGAAGAUUGAAUUGCAGAGGGCAACCUCUUUUGCUUCUCAAACUGGCAAUCUUGGGUUACUGCUCCUCUGGCAUAUUCUGCAUCUUUUUGUCAGACUCUGGUACUUUAUGUUGUGGUUGGUUUAUGUGCUCGAGAGCUAUCUCAUUUCUGGCGGAAUACUUAAAAGGUAUAAGGCCCUUAACGUAGGUAAGCUACAAUACCUGGCCAUUGUAGUGGAAAGUGAAGACGCAUAUGAAACUUCCAAAGUUAUUGAGCUUCUGCAGUGGCUAGAAGCUAUUGGUGUGAAACGUGUGUGCCUCUAUGACACAGAAGGGGUGUUGAAGAAAUCAAAAGAAGUCAUCUUGACGAAAAUGAAAAAUGCAUUAGUGUAUGAGGAAGGUUAUAAAGAUGAAAGUUUAGCUGACGAGAAAAACAUGUCUCUAGAAUUCUGUUCAUUCUCUGAUGGAAAAGAAGCUAUUACCAAAGCAGCUAACUUGCUCUUUGUGAAGUAUUUGAAAUUGGCUACACUAUCCGGUCAUCAUGAAGAGAAAAUCUUUACAGAACCUCACAUGGACGAUGCACUUAAAGCUAUUGGUCGCAGGGGGCCGGACCCUGACCUCCUAUUAGUUUAUGGACCUGCCAGAUGCCACCUUGGCUUUCCUGCAUGGAGAAUGCGAUAUACUGAGAUUAUACACAUGGGUCAACUAAAGCAUAUGAGAUACGGCUCCCUGAUUAAAGCCAUUUACAAGUUCACCACUGUGCGCCAAAACUACGGCAAAUGACACUGCCUUUAGGUGACCAUAUGUGUGGAAGUCAAAUGACAUUUGGAACAUAAUAUAUCAAGUUAUCGACUAUUGGUCAAGAGUGUGUACCAAAUACGAUUGGGCCUGGAGUAUUCUUACUGAUAUGCAUGUAAUCAUUAAUAGUAAUCAGGAUAUAGUGGAUCUAGCGUUACCACAAUCGUUCAUUCCUGCUUGUAAUGCUCAGUUUGUUGAAUAAAGUUUCUUCGUCUUCUGUAAACGUCUAUAUAUAGGGUUCUAAAAUGGUGGUUUGCAAUGACAAUGGAUUGGGGUGGUUCAAGUCAU